AUGGCCGGCCUCCCCCCACUCCCCAAGAUCGAGGGCGACCUCGAGAUCCUCAUGGAUGUCUUCACGCACGACUCGCUGAAAGAAGACGAUGAGCUCACGCACAUGAACGACGACUACGGGAACACUGCGCGGCUGCGCGAGAUCGGCGAACGUGUCCUCGACCUCGCCGUCACCUUCCACUACUACAGUGACCGCCAGGACGGUGUGCUAGCCGCGGACCAGAUCGUGGCGCGCAGACGAGAGGCACUGUCGGAUGACAGGAUCAACCAUUGGAUGGACGCGUACGAGCUCAAGGGCAAGAUCAAGGCCGCUCCUUCAGAGCGCCAGGCUGCGCGCUCGAGCCCCCAAGUCAACGACUUCUUCAAGAAAUAUGUUGGCGCCAUCUAUAUCCGCCAGGGCAUGGGCGUCAUCCAGACCUGGAUAUCGCGCUUGCUAAACCCCGAUGCCGAGCCAGUGCUUCCUCCAGAGGGCCGCGGGACGCCACAGCCCCAACGGCAGGGCUCGCUGCUGCAGGACCGGUCGAUGGCUUCGCCGCCGCCGCCUCCUGGAGCCCCGCCACCGAUGCCGAUGGGCGCACCGCCGGGCAGCUCGCACCCCAUGCACGCCAGUGGGAAUGGGGUCUCGCUCUCCCUCAUGAACCAGACCGCGAUGCAGAAGGGCUUUGCCGUCAACUACGAAGCCUCUCAAACGGGCCCGCCACACGCGCCGACCUGGUCUGUUCGCUGUCUGCUCAAUGGGACCGAGUACGGCACUGGUACCGGAACAUCGCAGAAAAAGGCCAAGGAGCUCGCUGCGCAGGAGGCUUGGGAGCGACUGGGCUGGGGCCGUAAGCUGUAUUGA